AUGAGCUUUGGAUUACCAGUUCCAUACACUACUCAAAUAUCACCUUCACUUUCCAAUGGUACACAAAUUCACAUUAGUGGCACACCUACUGGCAGCAGAUUUGAAGUUAAUUUAAAGAAUUAUCAAGAUGAUAUUGUUUUGCAUGUCAAUCCUCGCUUUGAUGCCAAUACACUUGUUAUUAACAGUGCUCAACGAGGAUCAUGGGGACAAGAAGAACGUCAACCAUUAACAAUGUAUCGUGGUACACGAUUUACAAUGGUUAUCUUAGCAACAGAUCGUAGUUUCAAAAUUGCUAUAAACAAUAGUCAUGUUUGUGAAUUUUAUCAACGUGCACCAAUGCACUUGGCUCAACAAGUUGAAGUCAAAGGCGAACUUACUUUGGAAUCUGUACAAGUCUAUUCAGGAUCAGGCUCCAUGGGCUUUCCUGGUGCUAUGGGCGGUAUGGGCUUCUGUCCACCACCACCAUCGUUCGGUGGAGAUAUGGGCUUUUGUCCACCUCCUCCAACUUCCCAGCCUGCAUUUGGUGGAGACUUCGGUCCUGGUUUCGGAUUUCCGUCGGCUCCUCCGUUUUCAGGCGGUAGUGGUGGUGUACCACCAAUACAAUCAUGUCGCAUUGUUACUGGUUCUCGUAUUUUUGUCCGUGGUUUCAUCCCACCAGGUGCAAAUCGCUUUGAAUUGAAUCUUCUACAAGGUUACAAUGAUGGUGACGAUAUUGCUUUUCAUUUUAAUCCUCGUUUUGAUUCGCGCACCAUUGUCAAAAAUCAUCGACGAAAUGGCCAAUGGGGUUCUGAAGAAAACCAACCAUUCCCACCUUAUAUGCCUCUGAUGCCAGGCUCACAGAUCGACUUGCAAAUUUCAUGUCAACCAGAUAGAUAUACAAUAUUGAUGAAUGGUCAACUCAUUGCUGAAUACUAUCAUAAAAUUACACCUGGAAGCGUUAUGGCACUUCAAUACAAAGGCGAUAUUGUAAUACAAAGUAUUGGACAAAUGUGA